UUUUGACAUUUAGCAUUGCAAUGCGUAUUUUAUUGUCUGAAAAUGAUGAAUUUCGUAAUUACUAUCUUGAUUAUGCUUACAAUUUAUUAGUAUAUUUUUGCAGAAAAGCCAAAUUUUUAUACGGAAAUACGUUUUGUGUAUACAAUGUUCAUUGUAUUAUACAUGUUCAUGAUGAUGUAAAAAAUUUUGGGUGUUCUUUAAAUAAGUUGUCUUCAUUUCCUUUCGAAAAUUAUAUGCAAACAUUAAAGAAGUAUAUAAAAAACUCCAAAAGUCCUAUUGUGCAAAUAGCAAAACAGCUUUCUGAGUUGGAGAAUUUACAUUUUAUGAAAAAUACAAAAACCCUGGUCAAUAAAGUUAGUAUUCGUUUUCGUGACUCCUUAUUUUUAUUAGAAGACAGCACUUUCUGUUUUGUUAAAGAGAUAGAUGGAGAAAAUUGUAUAUGUGAUACCUUUAAGAAUGAUCAACUUGUAUCCUUGUAUAAAAGUCCUAUUGAUUCUAAGGAAUUAAAUGUUGGUAUAAUAGAUAUGAAAAAGAUUCGUUUUUGUCAAAAAAUGUUAUCCUUGGUUAAGUUAAAUAUGGCAAGCAAAACUGUUAAAAAUAAGUUACUUUGGACAAGAGUUGUGUGGGAAGAAAAAGUUGGUUCUCAAUUUGAAGAUGUAAUUCCAGCCCAUUGGGUAAAUGAAAAUAAGUGCGUGGUAUUUUGGCCGUCAACUAUGUCAGCCCAAAGAGCCAUUUUGGAACAAAUUAGCGUUGACAAAACAUGGAGAAAGUUUAAAUGGAUUAAAACUAAAAUUGUGGAUGAAGAUAAACAGCUAUGUCUUGAUUAUAAUUUUACUUCUGGAGCAGAGCAAUGUAGCUCAGAGGAGGAAAUAGGUUUGGAAAAUGCUGCAGGAAUCAUUACUAGUGUCGAACCCGAACUUCCUAAACCGCCAAUAAUCACUUUCAAGGAAAAUAAAAAAUCUCACGUUGUAGAUUUUCAUACCAAUCAUACAGAGUCUAGAGUAUCAGUAAAAACAAAAAGACAUACAAGUCCCUUUGAAUUUACAACAGGAACGUCAAUUAAAAGAUCUAAAAAUGAAGCAAAAGACUUGCCAAUUGCUAAGGAAGAAAUUAUUAACUUUGUGGCUUCAAAAGACAACAAAGAUGAAUUUUCUAUGUCUGAAGAAAAAUAUCGAAAGCAAUCCCUAAAGUUGUUAAUAGAAAUUAGAGAUGGGAUUAACCGAUUAUUAAACACACCGAAUGUCAGUGGAGCUAUCAAUAUAGUUAAAGUUAAUGACAUUUCAGAACUAUAUGCUGCAAAUGAUGAAUUGAAAGAUGCAGCAGUAAGGAGAAAUGCUAUAGAAAUGUUAAAAUGUGUAGGGGGAAAUGAUUGUGGCGAAAUGGUGCGCAAUAUUUUAGACAGGUUAUUUAGCAUUUCUGUAAUGUCGAAAAUGAACAUGAAAGGGUCAUCUAGACAAGGGGAAGCAAAGAUAGCAUUUAAGAAUUUAGAAUUCUUUAGUUUGAUUCAAGAGGUAGUCACCAGGCAAUUCAAUAACGUUUCAACAAAAGCACUUACAGCAGCUAUAGGAAAUAAGCUAAAAAAUGCCCCUGGACAACUAAAACGCGACCAAGCAUCAAGUUGAAAAUGUUGUAUUGUGAUUGAAUUAAAUAUUGAUUUGAUAUA